GCGUGAUGGUUCGUUGCGUGAUCUCCCCUUCUGCGAAUCCAGCUAUGGACAACGUGCCGUCUGGACCGAGUGUAGCAUUUGAAGACACAGAUUCCGAUCUAGCAGCGCGCGGAACGAAUGGGGAGCAUCAUCUGCCCUUCUUUGCGAGCUUACAUCUACGCACAUCGUCUAUACUAGAUUCCAUGGCGUGGUGUACUUUGCGUCGAUCUCGUCGUAGUCGAGGUACUGACACCCGCCGGAAUGAUACUGCCCUGUCGCUGCAGUCACUUGAAAAUCGAGGUAGUCAGAACUUGGAUAUUCCCCAGCUAUCGCUCACAUGUGCAACGAACUCUUCUCUUGCCCUAGUCAGUACACAGAAUCUGUCUGUCGUUGACGACUCGGAGGACACGCUGCAGAAAAACGAGACUGACUGUGAUCCCGUCGACGAUUCGGGCCUCUUCGAGGGGAACGCCGAGCUCAUCAAGCUAGAGGCUAUGUACGAUCAAUUCAGAAUCCAGUACGGAAAGUACCCAAAGAUGCUCAGGCUGCGCCAGUUUCUGACUACUAUGGCGCCCUCUGAAUACCUCCUCACUCCUAGCGCAGUGAAAGCGUAUAAUGCUGUCCGAAAGAUCCUGAGCGAGGACACGACUGUCAAAUCGCCUGCAGGAUCAAGAUCAGUCAGCGCGACAAGCGCGACAACUGCAGCAAGCGACACUGAUGAGAAAUCUGAUACCCCUCUUUCUGCCGAAGAGGUUGCGCUAGAAGCCCAGUUUGCUCGAGUUCUCCGGAUCGCGAUGCUGACGACUUCCUCUGUCGACGGAGACGAUUGCGAUACUUCCAUACCCAGUAUUUUCGAAAGGAGCGCCUCGCUAGAUGUCGAAAGCGACGAAGCAAGAUCUCCUGUCGCAGACGCAAUCAUUAAAGACAACAAGCUUGGGUUUUUUGGCGGUAUAGGAGAAAGCGAGCAUACUGUAUCGACUCCGUUAGAUGACGGAGCAGCGUAUCAGCAACCGAUCGACGGUCAAAUUUCUGAGCACAAAGGACCUUCUGUCUGUCUCUACUGUGAACAUUUCAAAUCCAAGCCUGUCGCUACUGCUAAAACUGUUCGCAAGCGUAUCGACUCUGCAUUCAUCUUGGACGAAACAAUCAGAGGUGGGGCACGAAAGUACAAGAUGCCGCGACGCGGAAUCGAUAUGACUGAUGAAGAGAUCAUAGCUCGAGUUCGAGACGAGCUGCGGUUGAUGGAAAUCCAGGGGUUCAGGUUCUCCAAAAAGAUUGCGGACGUGGAAAGGUGUGAGAAGGCGGUUAUUAGGUCUUAUAGUAGACGUGAGCUGCGAUUUCUAGUUGCGGAUCUCAGGAGACGGAUCAUGAGACUGUAUCCUAAUCUUUUUGGGGCUUCUUUUCUACACAACGUGGUCACUUCUUCGGCCUGAACUGUCGCUUAUAUCGCUGUUCUGUUUGGAUCUCGUUUUCCGACUGUAUCUGUACUUUUAUACCAGCAGUGCUCUUUUUGCUACUCUUAUAGUUCCGUCUAG